AUGAUCUACGACGAGCUUACUGCAUACAUGAUGCAGAAGAUCGCUACCUGCGCGAGCCCUACCGCUUACGCAUACCUACUCGACCGUAUUAUCUUCAAGUACGAAUCAACCCCUCGGUUCCUAAAAUCUCGCAUCGUGGAAAACUGUUCUGCAGUCGAGAUCGCCAAGGCGUUCUAUUGCAAGUACAGUGGUUUCGAGGUCAAGCACCCGUUGCGCAUCGCGACUCUUCUGCAGCGAGGCUUGUUCAAACUCGGUUCCUCUAUUAAGCCCGCCAACUAUCCCCUCCGCGCCCUCACAGUCGAUGGUAGUCUACUCUCCAAUAGCAGACACUAUAUCGACGUCAAGCUGCUUCCAGCUCAUUUCGCUACAUUAUCAUGUACUGAGCAGCGCCUCGCUCCCGAAUUCAGUCUCACUAUUCAUCUGUGGACUGAAAACAGCUCGCGUAAAAGCGUGGAAGAGAUUGCUGCGCAAGGAAUGGCUCUACGUCGCACUCUGCAAGCUCUUAAACCACUGUUCGCGAAGUUGAUUGAGAACGAACCCAAGGCCACUCAAAGCGUCAUAUUGGAGGUUGAGCGCAGGCAAAAAUUAACAUUGGAUAUGGCUCUGGCGGAGAAGUCACCACAAAGGCUGGCUAAGACCAUCUGUAAUUGGUGUUGUGAGUUGCAGGACACGCACUAUCGUGAAAUAGAGAAUGAGCUAACACCACAUAGUCUGAACGCCAACGAAUAUGUUGCAGGAAAUAUCUAA